AUGAAGCCAGCUCGCUAUCUCGUCUUUGGCGCGCUCAUGGCUGCCUCGGCGGUCUCCACCUCCCAGCACCAGCCACGAGCUCGUCCAGAUCACGCCGCACGCCUGGCUGCUCGUUCACCCCAACCCACACCUCAGCCACUCGUCUUUAACGUGGGUGGUGAAGGCGACGCCUCCUCUUCUUUCUCGCGCGCAUCCGCCUCGGCUUCCUCAGCCGCGUCAGCCUCGCUCAGCUCAGCCUCGGCUGCCGCAUCCUCUUCCGCAGCUGAGGCAGCCGCUUCAUCAUCCUCCGCCGCCGCCGCAUCUUCCGCCUCCGCUGCUGCUGCCCAAUCCUCUUCCAUCGCUGCCGCUGCCGCCUCCUCGGUUGCUGCUUCCAUCUCGAGCGCCGACGCUGCGGCUUCGCGCUCGUCCGCUGCCGCCGCCGCCUCGGCCAGCCGCGCUUCCGCUUCAUCCGCUGCUUCGGCGUCCCUGUCCACCUCGGUCGGCCUCACCACCACCCUGACCGCGACCGUGCAGGCACAGCCCACCGUCGUCACGCCAACCGCCUCAUCCGCCAGCCAGGAAUCAUCGGGCAGCGGCGGCGGAGGCGCCAGUACCGGCCUUAUUAUCGGCGUCUCGGUCGCAGGCGGCGUGCUCGUACUCGCCGCCUUCCUCUUCCUCUACUUCAAGUUCGGCACGCGUCGCUUCAGCAACUUUGAAGACGGCGAUGCCGACAUCAAGUGGCCCGAGCUCAAGCACGACCCGGACUCGAACGUCAUGCAGCCGCUCCCCGCGCGUCGAACUGGCGGUGCUGGUUUCGACAUGGGCGACGAGUCGGACAACGACGGCGGCGACCACGACGGCGCCGGUGGUAUGGGCGAAAAGGGCCGCGACAGCUUCACCGGCUCCACCACCGCGCUCGCCGCGGCUCCUCCGGCAGGCUAUCCGGUGAACGACUACCCGCCGCAGAUGGAUCACACCUACUCGAUGGACCCCGCCGCAGGAUACUACCCCAACCACGGUAACAUGUACGCCGGCCACCAGUACGCCAUGCAGACCUCGCCAGGCGCCUACUCGGAUACAGCCAACCCGUACGGCGUGGAUCCGUAUGCGCAUGCCGGCAUGUCGCAUCCGCAGCAGAACCAAUACCCGCACGCCCACUAUCAAUAG